AGUUAGGCGCAGUGAAGAAAUUUGAAGAUUAUCGCGGAAAGCGUGUCCAGCACGAGGCUCUCACGGCGACGGGAGGAGCAGUUACCGCGAAACUCACAGCAGCCCAGGAAUCAUCUCUAGAAUAUUCCGAAAGCACAAUCCCAGAAUCAAAAUCGCAUCUUGCGGCAUCUGCUCCGGCGACCACUAUUUUGAUGGAUUGGCAAGCGCCAAAUUAGCAGCAAAUCAUCCCCUUGCUUUGAUUUUUCUUUUCUUUGUUUUGUUUGGGGAGAGAGAGGGGUGGGGGGAAGAUAUCACCUUUUUGGUGUGUUCUUUCCCCUUUUCUUUUAAGGGUUGGAGCAGCAAUCGGAAUCUCAUCUUUCGACGACCUGAAACAAGAUCAUCUUCUUGUUCGACGCCGUUAAUGGGGGCAGAGAGCCUCUCGAGUUCGACCGGAGUAGUAGAAGGGAUUCAUGGGGCAAGGAUGAUGGAAAGAUCAGCUUUCGGAGUUGAUGAAGCGCUCGUCCGUGAGGAUACUAACUAUUCAAGUUGCAAAGGCUCGGGUAUCACUGGCACUAAUCAAGUAUUGCAAAUUCGGAGAAUAUGGGAGCAGAGGCCACCUUGUUUGAGGCCAAUUCGUUGUACACUUCACGGUGAUCAGAACAUUUCGGAAACUGUUGUGAAUGUAUUGACUUCUCUGCCUUUUGUUUUUCUUGGAUUGCAAGUGCCCAGGAAGAACAUAAAUAAUAAGCUGUAUGCUACUUCAUUGAUUGGGGUAGGCAUUGCUUCGAGCUUGUAUCAUUCUUCAAGAGGGCAAUUCAGAAAAUAUCUAAGAUGGGCUGACUAUACAAUGAUAGCUACUAGUACUAUUUGUUUAUCACGUGCACUCCAAAAUGAGAAUCCAAAACUGCUAAUGGCCGUGUCAACAUUGCUUUUGCCAUUUCAACCCUUGAUGGUUUCGGCUCUUCACACAGGAUUAAUGGAGGUGGCAUUUGCCAAACAAGCAUUAUCAAGACCAGAUCUAAAGAUGGCACACAACCUCCAUAAAAUGUCUUCUCUAUUAGGAGGGGCAUUUUUUGUUGCCGAUGAUUGCUUCCCUGAAACUCCCUAUCUUCAUGCAGCUUGGCAUCUAGCCGCAGCAGUCGGCGUUAGUACAUGUAACAAGCUUCUCGAGUGAUAUAUCUAUCGCUUGUUCUUGCAUUCUCAACCCAUUUUUAUUUUUCUCUUGAGGAUCCAAACAUUCAUACAAGAGCUAUUUUAUCACUUCCAAUUUGUCGACAUGUAUUUCUGCUGGCAUACUUCCUAACCAUUAAUGCUGCUAUUCUCUAUUCUGUACCUUCUUUUUCACCUCCAAAGCUAAAUCAUCCAAUGUGAUCGUUAGCUGUGAA